UCAAAGUCCACGUUUUUACGAGUUUUCAAAACUGUCUUUCUCUACAACACAAUCCUUAGCAAGAUUCAAAAUCAGUAUGUUUCUCGUCAACCUCGUACCCCUGCUUCUGCUAGUCGGUGUGUUGACUCAAUCAGGUGUAGAUGCAGAUGAACAUCUGGAGGAACAAGCGAAUAAUCUUCGAGAAGCCAUUAAAGCCGUUGUUGAGACGGUAUGCAAGUACAGCAUGGAACAUAAUACAGAUGGCGUCAUGACCAUGAUUGAUCCGGACGCAAGAGCAUUGGUGGAUGGUUAUCCAGCAUUUGUUGGAUUUGACGAGAUACGAACUAUUGUGGAGGUUUUCCCCGAGAAAGCAUCUCACAUCGAUGUUAACUUCAAGGAGGUGAAACCUAUGGAUAAAGAUGCGAAUUUAGUCUGGAGUUUGUUUCACGUGGAGUUUUUCAACGAAGCCGGUGAAAAGUACAACGAUGCAACUCAAGUGACUAUCUUCAGAAAGAAUCCAGAUGGGUACAAGUACUACAUAGCAGAUUUCAACAAACGUAACCAAGCAGCUUAAUCUACAGUGCCCUCUACAGCCAUGGUGCCAACCAGGUGGUUACACUUUGAUGUCCGUCACGAUGGGCGUCAAAUGCUGCUUCUGACCCACACACAAAUACAACAACUCUCAUUACUUUUACAAUUUAAUUAAGAUGUGCAUAAUUUAAAAUUUAUUGUCAUAGCUUAAAAUAAUACUUUCUCUGUCCAGAUUUCUUCGGAAGAACCUUUGUGCGAUAAAAGUGCAAAGAGUAUUAACUUGAAAACACAUCAUUUAGAGACUAUAUAGUAAUAAAAUAGAUAUACUCCCCCAAAAUUAUUUUCGUAAGUGUUUAUUUCUUUCGUUUUCUGUUUGUUUUUGCUUGGGAAUUUGUUAUUGUACGUAGCCCUACUACCACGUGAGCUAGUUAAUAUGAGUGUGAUGCAUGAUGGGGCUGAGCAUUUUCUGGAUAGACCAAUGAGCGUGUUUGAUACUUUUGCCCAUCCCAGCGCCUUAGGCCGAGCAAAUCAUAAAUCAUAGCUCCAUGGUGCUACGCAUAGGCUCGAGUUCAAUUCAAAAAUUCAAAAAAUUCAAUAUUGGUUUAUUUUCAUAUAAAAAUACAAGACCAAAUAAAAAGUCAUAGA